AUGUCGGAUCAGAAAGUAGAUAAUGGUGCUGGCACAACCGAAGUACUGAUUCAUUCGUUUGUCAGUUCAAGAUUGGAUUUCUGCAAUUUACUUCAGUCUGUACGGCUUACGGCUAUAAGUACGAAGUUAAAAAAUUGCAAAAUGUAAAAAAUGCAGCAGCACGGGUUAUAGCUUGCUUGCGAAAGUAUGAUCAAAUCAGUCCAAUUAACUUUAAGAAAUCUACACUGGUUGCCAGUUCAAGAAAAAAUCGUCUUUAAAAUGAAUUUAAUGUGUUUCAAAAUAGUAAACAACAUUGCUCCUAAAUAUUUACAAGAUCUUGUAUGCCUCUAUGAACCAACAAGAAAACUUCGAUCGUCAGCAGACAAAUGGCGUCUUACAGAACAACCAUACAAACUUAAAACCUAUGGAUAUCGGGCAUUUUCGGUAGCCAGGCCAAAACUAUGGAACACAUGCACUACCAGUGGAUAUUAGAUCUAUAACUGACAUUAGGCCUAAUACUUUUAAAUCGAAAUUAAAGACUAACCUUUUUAAAUUAGCCUACAACAUAUGACUCAUAAUUAUAAGAUGAAUUUUAUUUUUAAAAUUUUAAAUAAUAUAUAGAUAUAAGACUUGUAACGGACGAAUUUUAACACCAUUUAAUAUAUAAAAGAUGUGUAAAAUAGUAUAUACUUAAUUUCAAAAUGUAAAGCGCAUAGAACAUUAAUGUAUAUGCGCUAUAGAAAUUUUAUUAUUAUUAAAAGCACUAUUCACCUCCAGAGUAUAUGCUAAGUUACUUUAUUCCGGCAAUUUGUUUUUGUCUUUGAUUUAGUUUUGGGAAAGAUCACAGUAUGUUCAACAAAAUUUUAUUCCCUUUGGGAGUUGUGUUGGCUAUCUCAGCUGUGGGUAAGAAAGUUCCAAAUUUUCAGUGAUUGAAUCACAAUGCUUGGUAAUGUUUCUUGCCAGCAUUAUGCAGUUAUCUGAAAAGAUGUGGGAAGCUAUAUCUUUCAAAUUACAUAGGGUAAUGUAAUUGCUUGAUAAUGUAGCUAUUACAAACAUCUCACAAUCCGUUUUUGCACAGAUUUUGACAGACAUUAAAAUCUCAUCUUAUUAUAAAUAUUUUGGCUGAAUGAAUUCAAAAGGUUACUAUUUCCAGUUUUCAGGUCAGUGGGAUGACUCUAACCCAGUGAAUUAACUCUAGAUAUAAAACAGUUUAAGGUAAUUCCGCAGUUUUGCAUUGCGCACUUUUAAUGCGCACAUCUUAUAACUUAUAAUUUCAUCCAUUAUACGUACCGUUUAAAAAAAAAUCAUUUUAUGACCAUUUUAUGUUAUCUUUGGUUACAUUCGUGCAAAGAAUUACGUUAAAAUAAAUGUUUUCAAAAAAGGCAUGCAAAAGUGUAGCUAGGGUUCCCUGUGUCUGUAGUAUAUUUAUUUGCUUGUAUUUCACGUUUUAAUGCCGCAAUUCCCUAAAAAGAUCGGUGACCCCCGUUUUCUGACUGAUAAUUUAUUUCUUUAAUGCAUUUUACAUUUCAUAUCCGAAAUUAGAAGAAAAAUCAUUUCUGGAUCUUGAAAAAAAUCCUUUAUCAAUGCAUGUUCUCAAAGAAAGAUAUGUAAAGAAAUGUGGAAAAGACAUUUGUGAAUCAGAAUUGUACACGUUGGUAGUUUCAUUUUGCUCAAAAUACAUACAUUUUUUUUUUAAAUAAUUACAGGAUAGGUUUACUAAAGCAAAAUCCGCGCUAAUAACGUCAAUAAAUAUCGGGCUGUUGUGAUUUUGCUGUUACUCGUAAUGAGCGUCAAGAUGGCGCCAUAGUGAGUAAAGGUGGUAUAUUGUGACUGUCAUAUCUUCUUAACGAGUUCGGUGACCCCAACUUUUUUGUGUGAUUUUACUUUAAGUAUAUCAUAAACUCCAUGCCUGGGAAGUUUCAGCACAUUCUCAUUUCGGGAACAAUUACUGCGGAAUUACCUUAAACUGACGAGACAACACAUGACACCAGUUGCACUGCUGGGACAGACAGUAAAGUUUUGGCUUGGGAGGAAAUUAAUUUCCUGCGCAAACAUUCGUAAAAUUUUUGUAAAUAACUGCAAAUAGUUUCUGACGAAUCUGCACAAAAUGCUUUUGUGAACCACGAAGCAAGCAGAUUCGAGAUCUUCCCCUUAGACAAAAACAUGUUCUGACUGCAGGAUUGCCUGGUGUGCCAUGAAUGUUCUGUGAAUAAAUCUGACAUUUCUGCGCAACUUCCCCAAGGAAAAAGCAUUUCCUGCGCAAAAUAAAACUUUUCAGUCUGGCUGCUGGUAGUAUGAUAAGACAAUUUCCAACUUAUGAUCUACUGCAUGUCUUUUUUUGUUUUAGGGAGUGCUCUGAAAUGCAAUUCUUGUGAAUACUGGACAACACAACCAAAAGAACAACAAAAAUGUACUAGUGCCCCAAUCAACUGUCCAUCUGGUUAUUGUUCCACGUCAUCUAUUACCUACUCAAAUGGCACAGAAGCUGUUGGUAGAGGCUGUGCCAACGCGGAUGUUUGCCUCGACACUGAAAAAGCGUGUAACCUUGCAACAACAAAAUGGAAUCUGAAAUCGUGUGCUGGUGCAUGUUGUAAUACCGAUAAUUGCAACAAUUAUACCCCCAGCAGUGCAACUCGUGUCAAUUACACCCCCAACAGUGCAACUGGUGUCAUGGUGAAGUUUAUAACCAAACUACUUGAGCUGAAAUCGGGUGCUGGUGCAUGUUGUAAUACCCGAGGUAAUACCGAUAAUUACAACGAUUAUACCCCCAACAGUGCAACUGGUGUCAUGGUGACAAAGUUUACUCUUUCCUUGAUGGUGAUUGUUGGUUUUAUUUUUUGCUUGACUUGA